GUGUAGUUUAGAUCCCAGACUUAUGCAUCAAGCCCGCGCUUUAGAAUGUAACCUCUCCCGCAACCGGAUAAACUAAACUAGCUUUCUUUCAUUUUCCUUGCUUCGCCAACUUUGAUUUUUCCAUCCAAAAUACUAGUUUUAUUUUAAGAGUUUGGGCUUUUGUCCUUUUUGUUAACCGUGUAACUUCAUUAAUUAUUUUUCAAUAAAUAAUAAUUAAAUAUUAUAUUGUUUGCAUUGACCGGGAAUCGAAUAUUUUUAUUUUGGGGUAAUUCCUGAUGAGUCCCUGGAUGGUCGGAGUCUUAUUGUUUCAACAAGGCAAGUGGGUGUUCCAGAUCCAUCAUCGAAGCUGGAAAUACAUAUUUCCAGGAUUUUAGGGAGUUUUUCUUGGUUGUUUUAUGGGCUUAAAUCGAAGCCGUUUAAGAUCUUCUGCUCCGUUUCACUCCAAGCCUUUGUUUCGUAGACAUCUUCAAUCCAUGAAAACUAGAAAGAUUUUCGGCGUUUCACUUUCUAUCCUCCUUAUAAACUUGGCUGCCAUUAUGGAACGUGCUGAUGAAAACCUCCUUCCAUCUGUCUACAAAGAAGUUAGUGAAGCUUUCAAUGCUGGGCCAUCCGAUCUUGGGUAUCUCACCUUCAUAAGGAACUUCGUGCAGGGCCUGGCAUCUCCCUUGGCUGGCGUACUCGUAAUUAACUAUGAUCGCCCUACUGUUCUCGCUAUAGGUACGAUGUGCUGGGCCUUAUCGACUGCUGCAGUGGGUGGAAGCCAACAGUUUCAUCAGGUUGCAAUGUGGAGAGCAGUUAAUGGCUUUGGACUGGCAAUUGUAAUACCAGCACUUCAGUCUUUUAUCGCUGAUAGUUACAUGGAUGGUGUGAGAGGGGCUGGAUUUGGGCUGCUAAGCCUUGUUGGCACCUUGGGCGGCAUCGGUGGUGGUGUUGUUGCUACCGUAAUGGCUGGUCAGCAGUUCUGGGGUACGCCUGGAUGGCGUUGUGCCUUCAUUUUGAUGGCAACGUUAAGUUCAUUCAUAGGACUCCUUGUGUUCCUAUUUGUUGUUGAUCCUAGGAAAACAGUUAGUGUCAAUCAUGAUGCCAGAAUUAAUUUAGAAAGGGAUGAGUUGGUAGAAAAAGGGAAUGGUCGUGUCUCGUCUGUUUGGUCCGAGUCCUGGAUGGCUACGAAAGCUGUUAUUAAAAUUCCAACUUUUCAGAUAAUUGUCUUGCAGGGAAUUAUUGGUUCACUACCAUGGACUGCCAUGGUGUUCUUUACCAUGUGGUUUGAACUAAUUGGUUUUGAUCAUAAUUCUACAGCAGCACUUUUAAGUCUUUUUGCUAUCGGAUGUGCGAUGGGAUCCUUUCUUGGUGGGGUAAUAGCAGAUAGAUUGUCACAAAUUUACCCCCAUUCUGGGCGUAUUAUAUGUGCACAAUUCAGUGCCUUCAUGGGCAUACCAUUCUCAUUGUUCCUUCUUAAAGUGAUCCCACAAUCAGUGAGCAGCUAUUACACCUUUGCUAUAACCCUGUUUAUGAUGGGCUUAACCAUCAGUUGGAAUGCCACGGCUGCAAAUGGUCCUAUGUUUGCCGAAGUCGUCCCUUCUAAACAUAGGACAAUGAUCUAUGCAUUCGACCGUGCUUUUGAAGGAUCGUUUUCAUCUUUCGCAGCUCCCUUGGUAGGUAUCCUAUCAGAGAAAAUGUUUGGUUAUGAUUCAAAAUCUAUUGAUCCGAUCAAUGGUUCUCCACGCGAGGCAUUUGCUUUGUCCAGAGGGCUACUAUCAAUGAUGGCAAUUCCAUUUGGUUUGUGUUGUUUGUGUUACACGCCGUUGUACAAACUCUUCAGGCGAGACCGUGAAAAUGUUAGAUUGGCGGCUGUGAAAGAGGAAGAGAUGAUUUGAUCGAAUACUUGGUUAUUUUCUGAGAUCUUGGUUCACAAUUUCUUUCCACUAUGAGGCAGACAUAUACUACCUUCUAUGGCAACAUCUUUCUCAUGAAGUUCCACUAACUUGUCAAGAAAUUCAUUAUUAUGCUGGUCAUACAUUGCCAGCCUGUAAGUGUAGAACCAUUGCGAUUUUAUUAUAAACCAUUUCUCUA